UACCUAGGCACGCCUCGACUGAUCUCAAACCAAACACCCUUGCCUUUUUGACAUGCUGAAUCCGUUUGCUGCUCUGGGCCUUGUUGAGAAGGCGCUGAAUAAAAAGGACAUUCCCCUGGUGGAGUAUGGCGAGAUAUUUCAUCUCCGCCUUGGAUAUCCUGCUGUGAUAAUGACAUUUGAAUGGGCUAUCCCAGACUCACAGCUGCCUCUAGCAUCAGAAACCCUCUUGGAGCAUGGUAUCCCACUUGGUGGUGUUCUGGAGUCCCGCGCAAAAGCCUAUGGUGAGCGAGAGAUGAUAGGUGUAAUGCACCAUUAUGCUGCAAUGCGUAUCCAUCUCAUACCACUGUCCUAUACGCUCCUGUCACUUGAUGAUUGCGUGAGAGUCCCAUCUGCUGUCAACCUGCAACAAAGCUCACUGGUCCCAAAUCCACAAAGAUAUCUGCUCUCUAAGAUCAAGAAACUCCUCAGCCUGCCAUUGGGUAUGCAGCGGCAUCCUAUCUGCUCUGAUAUUGCUCAGUUUCUGUCAAGAUAUGUGUUCCCAAAAUUACCAGACAAUAUUGAAGAUGAGGAGAGUGAGAGUGAGGAACAUUUUCAACAACGUGUUCAGGAAGCCCUGGCCAUUGUGCGGGGCUGGGAAUGGAGAGCUGGCGAUGAGAAGUAUAUUCAUCUUGUGGAACUUCUUAUUCAGGAUGGGCGAUGUUCUGAGACUCUGAGAGAAGAUUGAGCUUUCUCAAUAUUUUCAUUUCCUUUUUUUUUUUUUUUGUUAUUUCCCCUUUCUAUUCCUUGAUUUUAUAUGUUUUGGUUUUGAGAAAGGAUAAAUUGAGUCAUCAGUGACUUGGACUUGCAUAAUUUAUUUAUUUGCUAUUCUAGCACGUCUCUUGAGCAGUAAUGGAAUCACUCAGCGAUUCAAGAGUGAUACGUGAUUUCCAGGAAGUGAGCCGAUGUGGAAGGCGACGGGCGAAUGGGGAGGAACAGCAUUGUUCAGGCCUGGAGUUUGCAUAGCAGUGGGUGUGUGAGGCUUUCUCAAUGUGGCGGCGAGCUACGGAGGAAGAACCGGUCUUCGUACGAAGCGGGCCACGAACGAUCGACUGGGCUAUGCCACUAUCUACGUACGUACAUCCACCGAGAAGAACAGUGAUGAGGAAGGAAAGGAAAAGAAUCUAGCUAGACAAGGCCCUCGUCCCUCUUAUCCCCUCGUCCGGCCGCCAGGCAAAAUUAGCGUGGAAAUUAGCGUGUACAAUAGCGUAUUUAAUACUGGAAUUCUAUUGGAAACCGGUGUAUUUGGC